CUCUGAUGGCUGAACGAAGCACAGAGAAAACCGCACAUCGAUCCCUGCUCGGCACCACGGGGACAGGCUCUUCCCCCGAGCGCCCACAGCGAACACGGAACUCCCCGGAGGCCGCCCGUGGGCCGGCGGUCUGGACUGGGCCGGGCGCCCCUCAGGCGACCUGGGGGCCUGGCGGGAACCCGAGGGGCGGAGCACGGCAAGACGGACCAGCUCCCCCGGCACGGCCGGGCAGGACUCUCCUGCCCCGGAGAGAACUUUUCGUGCGCUCCCACCGAGCUCGGGCACCGAUGACUCUGCCGGCGGCAAGGCUUAGCAGCGGCCGACCCUCCUCAAGGCCCAGCCGCGGGCCCAACGGGUAUGGAGCGAGGUUACGCCCCGCACCGGACUUCCCGCACGCCGGCAGCGAGACGCUCUCUUCCAGAGAGAGCUGCUGCUUCCCUAGCCCCGAGGCCGGGCUCUGCGAACGCCCCUCAGGCCCCAUCUCCGCCAGCCGAAGGACUCCGCAGGGCUUCCGCCAGGCCCAGCCCCGAGUCCUCGGCCUCAGCCCACCAGGUAGUUCUUCACUGCAGACAGUGUAAGGAUUUACUCGGUGUGCUUUUGCAGAUAUGAUGGCAGCAAUAUUGCUAAAUGCAUACAGGACCACCUGGUUUCUUCAAAUAUAAGUUAAUCAUUACAAGGACAGCUAAUAAUACUUUACCAGUCCACUGUGGUUACCAGGAGGGAAAAAACCCAAACAAAUUGCUCUUUCUUGUAUCCUCGGACUUUUUUUUAAUAGAAGCAACUUUCACUUAUUUUACAAGAGGAAAAGAGAAAGAUAAAAAAGAAACAACAAAAGGGAAAUGCUAUGAAAUGCAAACACGUAGAAAUCAGUUUUCAGUUGUGUGCAGUUGUAGGAGAUUUAAACUUGCACUACGGUGCUAUGCUUGCAUUGCUGAAUGCAAACAGGAUUCUGAAAUACUGCAGACUAUCCAUGACAGCUGGAGGGUUUGGGUUUUCUUCUAAACAACACUGUAUUUCGCAUUCCUUUGUUUAAGAGCUGACCUAUCUCACGAUUUCCUUUUCAAAUCCCCAGCGCUGCCGGCAGCACGGCCUCUCGGCGGAUCACUCGGAGCUGCCCACGUUAUUCUCCUCAUCUCCUGCAGCCCGAGCUCCGCUACCCGGCCAGAGAGGACCCUCUAAAGUAAUCGCUUGUCCUCACCCGGGGGUCUCCGAGCGCGGAACGAACCGCUGACUGCGAACGGCUCGGAGCAGAAGACGCCGGCGCCCUACGGCCCAGCCCCGGCUCCGCGCUCUGCCGCCCCGCGGGGCUCAGCGAACCGAUCCCGGCUCUGCCCCCGCCCCGCUCCCCGGCGAGCUCCGCCCCGCUCCGCCCCCCGGCCCCGCUCUCCCGCCGUGUUCUCGGUCUCGUCGCGGCUGCGCUGCCCGCUUUUCCCCCCUGCGCUGCCGGCGGCUGAGUCCCGCUCCGCGGGCACCCUGUUCCCCGGGGGCCGGUGCCGCACUGGGCGGGCAGGCAGCAGCAAGGUGCUGCCGCAUCCUUGCUGCCCCGCUGCAUCCUCGCUGCAUCCUCGCCGCGCCCGCGGAGGGCCUUGGCAGCAUGUCUGCCGUGCGCAGGAAGUCGGGGGACGAGUACCAGGCGGUGGGCCCGGCUCGCAGCGGCACCCGCAGAGAGCGGCAGCGCUUCGUGGACAAGAACGGGCGCUGCAACGUGCAACACGGGAACUUGGGUGGUGAGAGCAGCCGCUACCUCUCUGACCUCUUCACCACACUGGUGGACCUCAAGUGGCGCUGGAACCUUCUGAUCUUCCUGCUGACCUACACAGUCGCGUGGUUGGUCAUGGCCUCGAUGUGGUGGGGCAUCGCAUACCUGCGAGGUGACCUGCACCGGGCACGUGACAACACCUACAGUCCGUGCGUGGCCAACGUGUACAACUUUCCCUCCGCCUUCCUCUUCUUCAUAGAGACUGAGGCCACCAUUGGCUACGGGCAUCGCUACAUUACGGAGCGCUGCCCUGAAGGCAUCGUGCUGUUCCUCUUCCAGUCGCUGCUGGGCUCCAUUGUUGAUGCGUUCCUUAUCGGUUGCAUGUUCAUCAAGAUGUCCCAGCCCAAGAAGAGAGCUGAGACCCUCAUGUUUAGCCGCGCUGCAGUCGUCUCGCAGCGGGAUGGCAAGCUCUGCCUCAUGUUCCGUGUUGGCAACCUCCGCAACAGCCACAUGGUGUCUGCCCAGAUCCGCUGCAAGCUGAUCAAGUCCCGACAGACGCCAGAGGGAGAAUUUCUGCCGCUAGACCAGUGUGAACUGGAUGUUGGAUUUGGAACUGGAGCUGACCAGCUGUUUUUAGUUUCCCCGUUAACCAUCUGUCAUGAAAUUAACUCAAAGAGCCCCUUUUUUUGUCUCUCACAAAGAUCACUAAGAAGUGAGCAAUUUGAAAUAGUUGUCAUCCUUGAAGGAAUUGUUGAGACUACUGGAAUGACGUGUCAAGCUAGGACCUCGUAUACAGAAGAUGAAGUUCUUUGGGGUCACAGAUUCCUUCCAGUAAUGUCCCUAGAAGAUGGCUUUUUCCGUGUUGAUUAUUCUCAGUUUCACGCAACAUUUGAAGUCCCCACUCCUCCUUUCAGUGUUAAAGAGCAAGAAGAAAACCUGUCCCUAGUAUCUCCUUUGAAUAGUCCUGUCGAUAACAACAAAACCAGAAGAGAACAGGUUUGUUCGCUGGACUGUAUUGAUAUUGCAGGAGAGAAAAACAAGCUCCCUUUUAAACUUCAGAAGAUUAGCUCGAGAAAGGAGGACCUUCCAAGAAGAGCCCUGAGAAUGAGUUCCAGUAAUGCAGAGAAGACUUGCAGUACCGGAGAUCUCUUGAAAAUUCAAGAAAUAAGUCCCAUCUGUGACAGUGAAGACAGUGAUGACAGGAUGCAGCUGAAAGCCUUGAAAAUAAAUGCUGAGGCUUUGACUCUGUCUACUGGUGAUCUUGAGUUACAGAAGAACCCUCCAAGUAUGUGUGCUCUAGAGAUGAAGUUGGAAGGUAAUUUUCCGGCCAAACUUCAAAAAAUGAACUCUGAUUGCCUCUCUUGAGAGCAGAAGCAACUGCUCAGUUGUUGCCGACAAACCGCAUUCAAGACUGCUGACCCAAAAGAGUUGUUUUACAGUAAAGUCAUAAUUUGGUUUUGCCACUUUCAGGAAGAACGAUCCCUUUUGUGUAAUUGUUAUGUACAGAUCCAACUUAGGUAGCAUAAUGGGACUUCGAGGGGCAGUAAGGUUAGAUCGUUGUGCCAAAGAGAUCACUGCCCUAAUGAUAUUUAUCAGCACGCUCAUUGCAAAUCUUCAUUGUCUUCCAUAUGUGCUUUUUCACAAAGCAAGGACCAGAUCCUUAGUUGCAGAGUGAAGUGUUCAGAGAUCAAGCCAAAAAGGGUGUAAAACCAGCUGAAACACCAUUUUGUGCAGCUCGGAUCUUGGACUCUUCCUGAUGUAUAGAACAGCAGAACACAGGAAGAAUCUGUGGUGCUGCUCAGUCGUAGUCCAGUUCUCCCAGUGACCCUGUUGGAAGGUGUCCCUCCUGUGCAGCUUAGUAGCACACAUCCUUCUUUCCCAAUGAUCGUGGCAUGCCAGCUCCGUGGCCCCAGAAUCUUGUUCAUUGUCACUCAGGUGAAGGAAGCGCUUUGCGAUAGCCGUUUGUGUGGUUUGACUUACACGAGCUCUUGGAAACACAAGGAUCAUUUAUCCUGUCCAAAGUUGGACCCCAGGAAUCGAUCAGGUGGAUCACACGUUGAAUUUUAACAACUGUAUUGCCACUCACUGCAAAGGGAACUUGAGGUCAGUAGCUCAACUUAAUGGUGUGUCUCAUACCUCAGCUUCGUGAAAUUUUAGUUUGGAGACUCCUCGUAAGUAAAUAAAAGCAAAGUGCUAGAUAAUGCUCAGUCAUUCCAGGAGUGGACAAUAGUAUGUACACAUCUCAGAGUUUUACUAAUGAACGGUGAGGGUCUCUGAUGUCACUCUUUUUUUGAUUACAUUUGCCUUCUUUUAUGUAUGAUUCUCAAGAAUUUUGUACAUUUGACAUUUAUAAUAUUACGCAAUUUAUUGCAGGGUAGAACUCUGUUUUAACAUAAAUAUAUGAAAAGCAGUUAUUCUGCUGUCCAUCUCAAUCUCUGAAAGAGGUCUUUUUUUCCACUUGGUAGUGAGUGAGCAACCAUAAGCAGAAUUUGCGAUUUUGUAAAAUGCGAUGUUUGGUAGCUCGGCAUAUAGGGUGCUUAUCACUAGCAGAGCACUCCCCAGCAGAAGGAUAUCUGUGGCCGUCUUGUCCUCUUUAACGUUUCCUUCUUUGUCUCAGUGCUCUUUAAACAAUACACUUUUCUCUGUCAUUGCAAAGAUGAAACACGAGGACUGUAGUCAAGUUUGCAAGGACAGGUCGCAGCCACACUGUGAAGGGCAUGUUUCACUACUGAUGUAUAAGCUUGCCUGAUUUGUACUUUUUUCCCUUCAAUAAUGGGAGAAUUUCACUAGGAACUCUGGAGAAAACAUAAAAUAAAAUCACUUUUUACAUGAAAA